UGAAAAUGUUCAUUGUUCUUAUAUUUUGUAGUAGUCUUUCUGAUCUGUGGUCUCUCCUCAGACAGCUGGGUGCUGAUAAUGGGUGAAUGGAGCUUUCUGUCUGAUUUACUGGAUAAAGUCCAGAGUCACUCCACUGUCAUUGGGAAGGUCUGGUUGACUGUGCUCUUCAUCUUCAGAAUCAUGGUGCUUGGAGCUGGGAUAGACAAAGUCUGGGGGAAUGAACAGUCUGGAAUGAUCUGCAACAUCAAAACUCCUGGCUGCAAAAAUGUGUGUUAUGAUGAAGCCUUCCCCAUCUCUCACAUGCGCUUCUGGGUGCUUCAGAUCCUCUUUGUGUCUACGCCAAAUCUGAUCUACCUCGGCCAUGUUUUGCAUGUCAUUCACAAAGAAAACAAACUGAGAGAGCUCCGUCAGAAACAGGCCGACAGAAAGGGAAUCAAACUCCCCAAAUACACUGACGACCACGGUAAAGUCCAAAUCAAAGGCAGCUUAUUACGUAGUUAUUUCAUUACUCUGUUCUUCACCAUCCUGCUGGAGGUGGCUUUCAUCGUGGGCCAGUAUUAUCUCUACGGUUUUGUAAUGAACCCUCUGAUUGAAUGCAAAAGAAACCCCUGUCCCCUUGACGUUCACUGUUUCAUGCCCAGACCUACAGAGAAAACCAUUUUCAUCAUAUUUAUGCUCGUGGUGGCAUGUGUGUCUCUGGCUCUGAAUGUGGGAGAAAUCUUUUACCUGAUUGGUCACAGAAACAAGAGCAGAGAUACUUCAGCCAGGUUACCUGCACGGGAUGCCCCAGAGCUUCUCAGCAAGACAACGUUUUGCUGAUUUAAGGUAAAGAGGAUAUGAAUCAUCUGACUAUAGAAGUUAAUCAUUUGUAACAAGGUUCAUUAAACAUGAUUAGAAAGACCAUGCGUUUAUA